UUUCCCCAAGCUUGUGCAAAUUUACCUACCAUUGAGUGAAUUUUUAGCCGUUAAGGUUGGUUUCUCUCUUUUUCCGGGAUCAGUGUGUCCUUCCAAUAUCCAAUUCUGACAUUUUUCUUUUCACGACGGCCAUAAUCUGAACUCCUAGCCGAUUCAGAUCAUCUUGACAUCUGCAAUCAGCUGUAAUCGGUUUCAGAUCAGAAACUGUAACCUGGUCAUGAUCCAUAAGGUACAACGAACAGAAAGAAGAAACAAUCACACACAAGCACAUCGCAAGGCUUUACGUGGUUCGGCAAGGUUGUGAAAGACUAGCAAGUAGCAACAAAUGUGUCCUGCUGGCAAAAAAUUGGUGGUAUUGGGUCUUCCUUGGGAUGUUGAUACUGAAGGGUUAAGACAGUAUAUGAGCCAGUUUGGCGAGUUGGCUGAUGUUAUGGUGAUGAAGGAUCGUGCAUCUGGGCGCUCACGUGGUUUUGGUUAUGUAACAUUUUCUUCUUUGGAAGAUGUGGAGAAAGUAGUUGCAGCUCAACAUAAUAUUAGUGGAAGGACACUCGAGGUUAAGGUUGCAACUCCCAAGGAGGAAAUGCUGUCUUCUUCUUCUUCCAAGAAAAGUACUCGUAUAUUUGUUGCUAGAGUACCUCCAAGUGUGGCUGAUGAUGAGUUCCACAGCUAUUUCAUGAAGUAUGGUCCAGUAAUUGAUGUUUACAUGCCAAAGGAUCCUGUAACAAAGCAACAUCGGGGUAUUGGAUUUGUCACUUAUGAAAAUCAUGACUCCGUAGACCAGCUAAUGUCAGAGACACAUGAACUUGGCGGUUCUACAAUUGCUGUGGAUCGAGCUACUCCAAAGGAGGAAUUCAGAGGAUUGAGGGUUUCCAAUCAUUGUCUCAAGAUGCCUCAAGCUUUCAGAAUGCCAAAUAUAGUUGACAAUACCAUUUCAGUUGGGAACAGCGGUGGACAUGCUGUGGAAAGUUCCCUCACAAAAACUGAGAAAAAGAUGUUUAUAGGUCGUGUUCCUGCGGAAGCCACAUCUGAUGAUUUGCACGCAUAUUUUAGCCAGUUUGGAUGGGUUGUUGAUGUUUACCUGCCAAAGGAUCCGAAGAAAAUUUCUCAUAGAGGAUUUGGUUUCGUAACAUUUGCAGAUGAAGCUUCAGCUGCACGUGUGGCCCGUCGUAGACAUUUUAUUCAUGGUCGAGAGAUUGCUGUAGACUCUGCGUCUCCUACGGAUCAUGUUCAUGGUACGGGACAUAUUCCUGUGAGUUCAGUUCCCUAUUUUGGAGGUCAACAUAGUCUGCCUCCAAAUGAAUUGGUGGUUGGAGCCACAACCGAAAGUGAGAAUGCCACCCAGCCGUCUACUGCUUCAAGUUCUAAGUGGGGGAAAAAACUUUUUAUUGGACGCAUUCCAGUUGAGGCCACUGCUACUGAUGUGCGGUUGCAUUUCAGUCAGUUUGGACAUGUAUUGGACGUGUAUCUUCCCAAGGAUGACACAAAAACUUCUCAUAGAGGGUUUGGUUUUAUCACAUUUGCUGAAGAGAUCUCAGCCGAGUAUGCUUCUCAAAAAGGACAUAGGAUUCUAGGACAGAAGAUUGUGUUGGAUCGUGCAGCUCCGCUAGAAAAUGAUGAAACGAGUACAGAUCACUCUUCUGCUGUUGUUGCCGCAACUUCAGAUCAUUCUGUUCAAACACAGCAAAAUAUAUUCACCAAUCAACCCCAUGACAGCAAGUUGAUGCAAUUCCGUGAUACACCCACAAGUCGGCCAUUGAGAACUUCAUUACGGUAUAAGCCUUACUAGAUCCAAUCUCCUCUGUAACUCAUUGGGUGAAGGCUGGUCUGCUGCCAAUUACUGCUGAGGACAUGUUAAUUGGACGAAGUAACCUCUAAAGUCAGCAUAUCUACAAGAAAAUGGCGGCACGAGGAAAUUAUUCCUUAAAUUACCUUCAUUGAUGGCGAAAACCUUGAUUGGGUGGUGGAUGUAGGAACUAUCUUGUGGUUCUAACGAUUAAAUGAACUUUCUUCUUUUAGAGUACUGGCCUCUUAUCAUCAGCAGCACCCACUGUUACAUAUGAUCCAGUUGAUAUACGAAAUUCAGUGGUGACCAUUACAAGAAAAGUGGUUGAUCGGACAAUUACUGCCAGCACUGUUUGUGAUAUCCUUGACAAUAGGUUGAUUGCAGUUGUAUUGGCCCUCUUGAUUCAGUGGGGAGGAAGGCUUUUUUUUUUUUUUUGGGCAGGGGGGGUGGGUGGGGUGGGGAGAGGGGUGGGGGUUAUAUAUAUAUAUAUAUAUCUCGUGCUAAAAGGGGAAACGAAAAGAAAAGUUGAUGAUUUGGUCUUUCAUAGUUGUAUUUCACGAAAGUAUGUAGGUUGUCUUGAUUCAAAGUUUUUCACUUAUGGUUAUGUUCAUUUUAUUUGUAGUUCA